GCUCCUUCCACAUCUGCAGGGCUGCCAGCCCGGGCUGCACACUCGGCCCGCGCUGCUUAUGGGCGUCUUCUGGCGGCCGGCUGCGGUCCAGCUGAGCGCGGCAGCGGGAGACCAAACUUAAACCCCGCAGUGGACUCUAUAACGCAGAGAAAGAGAGAAGGGACCCGAGGAGGAGGCUUCCAUCACGUCAUUGCAGGAUGCUCUGGAAGCUUUCCCUGUCCUUGUUCCUGGUGGCCGUGCUGGUGAAGGUGGCGGAGGCCCGGAAGAACCGGCCCGCGGGAGCCAUCCCCUCGCCUUACAAGGACGGCAGCAGCAACACCUCGGAGAGAUGGCAGCACCAGAUCAAGGAGGUGCUGGCCUCCAGCCAGGAGGCCCUGGUGGUCACCGAGCGCAAGUACCUCAAGAGUGACUGGUGCAAGACGCAGCCGCUGCGGCAGACGGUGAGCGAGGAGGGCUGCCGCAGCCGCACCAUCCUCAACCGCUUCUGCUACGGCCAGUGCAACUCCUUCUACAUCCCGCGGCACGUGAAGAAGGAGGAGGAGUCCUUCCAGUCCUGCGCCUUCUGCAAACCGCAGCGCGUCACCUCCGUCCUCGUGGAGCUCGACUGCCCCGGCCUGGACCCUCCCUUCCGACUCAAAAAGAUCCAGAAGGUGAAGCAGUGCCGGUGCAUGUCCGUGAACCUGAGCGACUCGGACAAGCAGUGAGCGCGGCGGGACGCUGCCCGCCCUGCGCGCCCGGCCGCCGCCGCCUCCGUCCCUGUCCUCCGAGCCACCCACACGCUGCCGGCGUCCCCGCAGCAGCAGCACGUCUCCGGGGGCUGACGGUGUCCUUGUCACGAGCGCGGACCGCAAGUGGAGCUUCGCUGAUGUGUUUCUGACCGACCCCGGGCCUCACCUGUGCCUCCCAAACCAGGCUGUGUACCAGGCCCGAAGGAAGAUGCUGGAAAAUCACCGCCCACCACGCAGCAGUCGGAGAGGAUCUUUCAGGUGACGCGCUGUCAGUCCGGCAUGGAUGUUUCCACCAUGUGGAAAAGCGAAUAUUGCCUUGGCCUGACCCUACACUCCAGCUCGCCCCUUCCCCGUGCACCGAAGGAUGCGUCAGUCCGCAGAGCAGCCCCUCCAGCCUCUGCUGGCCCCCGGCCCGCUGGCUGGGAGGGUUCGCUCUGGGGGCUCGAGGGCUGCCCUCUGCGCUGCUGUGAUGCGGCUUGGACAAGGUCUGUAAAGAAGAUGUCCCUGGGCUGGGAGGUUCUCCUAAGGAAGCUGAUGCCAAGAAGACAACUUGAGCCACUUGGAUCACCAAGUGGGCUUCCCUGGGGACCUUGCUCACAGCAGGCCACUGUCUCCCCCACCCCCAGCCACCGGCGCCUCUUUUUCCUCACUUUCCCCAUCGGUGGACUAAAGAUGAACUCUGGUGUGCAUGCUAUUAUCGCUGCAAUUAGAAUAUUGUUACACACAAAGGUCUCCAUAUUAACGCUGGUUUCAUAAUUGACCUAUAUUGUAAAGAGCUGUUAAAAAGUAUUUUAGACCUCUCCAUGUAUUGUUUCACGUGUUUUCACUCUGGCUUUGCAAGCAGCAUUCUGAGUAAGGACCAGAGCAGGUGGGUGACCUGCCCAGAAGGUGUUUUACUCAGAAGUAAUGCGUGGUCAGCAGUUCACUGUCAUGCACCUAUUCCUAGACUGCGCAGGGAGAUGGGAGGAGUUGUGAUUUUUACAUUGAACUCAUAUUUCACUGAAGACACGAAAGCAUUGUGGCAUACGUAGGAAUGGGGGUGUGAGGGAUGGCUGUAGGGAGGGGAUGCACUGGGAAGUUGUUACCCAAAACUCAAAAAUCCCUAUAAUAUUUAGUAUGCAUAUAUGGAGUGAGAAAGUAUACUAUUUCACUGCCAUGACUCUAAGCAAGAAAUAUUUCCUGUUAAAAGAAAGAAAUAUUUAAAAUUAUAAGGAGCUGGGUCACUUUGUGGUAUAGGAGGAAGUAAAGGCUAAAAUCUAGAGAAUAGAAAUCUAGUUGAACUGUCCUGCAGAAAGCAACUGGCUUCCUUUUCAAAGAACGGACUUCAAAAAGAUGAGAAAACAUUAGGUCACCUUUCAUUUUUUAUUUGAAAUGUUGAGGUUUUCGUGUUGUGGUCUCUUGACACAAGGUUGACAUAAUUUAUUUCCCUGCAAAGUUAUACCUACUUUGAGUCCCUUUGCUAAAUUGCCCACUAAAAGCUUCCCUGUGAGUAAUGUUUCUGGAAUCUGAUAAAUGUGAAUGAGAUGCCAUUGGUGGGAAACAGCAUACUUUGAAAACCUUUCGCUGGUAAUUCCUCAGCACUCAGUCUCAAGUGCUCCUGCCAUGGGGACUCCGAAAGGCCUGCUUCCUAGUUAUGUGAGAGACCCUCUUCAAGCUGCUCUGGGAACUGAGGCUUCCUGACCUUAGGCAGUGUGCGGGGCGUCACCUGACAGCAAGGAUUUGGGAGGGGUGUGGCACAUGGGUGAAUCCAUUUUCUGCCCAUGCACAGCUAGUUUCAUUUCUGUUACUUCUGUAACACCAGGAGACCUGAGCAGCAUAUGCUAUUGUAAAGAGGGUCUUGGCUUCAGAAAUGGGUUUAUACAGCCCUAAAUCAGGUGGCAGAACUCAACAGACAACCUUGAGAGCUUGAACGUGCGGAUGGAGAGAAAGACCAGGAAGGGUGUCCAAGUUCAGAACUGAUUUUCGCAUUAGUGGAAAACCUCAAGGCAGACUCAGUAGAAAGACAGGCAGCAGAAAAGCUGUGAAGAAUGUAGGGCCAUGUGAUUGUGAUGGAGGCUAAUGGAGUGGAGUAGGAGGGGAGAGAGAGGUAGAAUCUGGCCGACCACAAAGCCAACCACUGUCGUUUUAUUAACACAGAACCCAAGCAGAUAAGGCAAGCAAUAAGCUAUGAGCUCACAGAAUACAGACAUGAGCACACUCUUUGAACCCAACUGUGGAUUUAGCAGUGGAAGCAAUAUGAUAUGCUGCAGUGUGAAGCUCCUUCUGGGGGUUCUUGUAUGUACAAAGUUUACCUUAUAAUGGCUCAAAUUGUAUUUAAUUGUUUUUUGUUGUUGUUUAUAAAUGAAGAAAAGCUAUAAGUAUAAUGUAAUUAUUUUAUAGGUGUACUAUUAAAUUAUAGAACAAAUAAAGAUACUCUAGGAUUAUAUGCGA